AUGGCAGCGUCCACCGAGGCCUCGGAGCCCUGGUACCUGGCCCUGCUGGGCUUUGCGGAGCAUUUUCGCACGUCGAGCCCGCCGAAGAUCCGGCUGUGCGUGCACUGUCUGCAGGCGGUGUUUCAGUUCAAGCCGCCCCCGAGGGUCGAGGCCCGGACCCACCUGCAGCUGGGCUCGGUGCUGUACCGCCACACAAAGAACAGCGAGUUAGCACAGACGCACCUGGAGAAAGCGUGGUUCAUAUCUCAACAAAUCUCUCAGUUUGAAGAUGUCAAGUUUGAAGCAGCAAGCAUUUUAUCAGAGUUCUACUGUCAACAGAACCUCGUGGACUCAGCCAAGCCAGUAUUACGGAAGGCAAUCCAGAUCUCUCAGCAAACUCCUUACUGGCACUGCAGACUUCUUUUUCAGCUUGCACAACUACAUGCACUAGAGAAGGACUUGGUGUCAGCCUGUGACCUCUUGGGAGUUGGAGCAGAGUAUGCAAGAGUCAUGGGCUCCGAGUACACGAGAGCACUGUUUCUUCUAAGUAAAGGAAUGCUGCUGCUAAUGGAGAGGAAGCUGAGCGAAGUGCACCCUCUGCUGACACUGUGUGGCACCAUUGUAGAGAACUGGCAGGGGAAUCCCAUUCAGAAGGAGUCGCUCAGGGUUUUCUUCCUCGUGCUGCAGGUCACACACUACCUGGACGCUGGACAGGUAAAGAGUGUGAAGCCUUGUCUGAAGCAGCUCCAGCAGUGUAUCCAGACCAUCUCCACUCUCCAUGAUGACGAGAUCCUACCCACUAAUCCAGCAGCUCUCUUCCACUGGCUGCCCAAGGAGCACAUGUGUGUGCUUGUGUAUUUGGUGACGGUGAUGCACUCAAUGCAGGCUGGCUACUUAGAGAAAGCACAAAAGUACACAGACAAAGCUCUGAUGCAGCUGGAAAAACUGAAGAUGCUGGACAGUAGCCCCAUCCUGUCCAUAUUCCAAGUCAUCCUGCUGGAGCAUAUCAUCAUGUGCAGGCUCGUCACUGGACACAAGGCCACAGCUUUACAAGAGAUUUCUCAGGUUUGCCAGCUUUGCCAGCAGUCGCCCAGGUUAUUUACAAAUCACGCUGCACAGCUUCAUACUCUACUGGGCCUCUACUGCAUUUCAGUGAACUGCAUGGACAACGCUGAGGCUCAGUUCACUGCUGCUCUACAGAUGACUACACACCAGGAGCUGUGGACAUUCAUUGUAACUAACUUGGCCAGUGUCUACAUACGAGAAGGAAACAGACAUCAGGAGCUGUACAGCCUUCUAGAAAGGAUUAAUCCUGACCACAACUUUCCUGUCAGUUCUCAUUGUCUACGAGCUGCAGCAUUUUAUAUCAGAGGGCUGCUGUCUUUCUUCCAGGGACGUUACAAUGAGGCCAAAAGAUUUCUAAGGGAGACUCUGAAGAUGUCAAAUGCAGAGGAUCUAAACAGGCUGACCGCCUGCUCGCUAGUCCUACUCGGCCACAUCUUUUUUGUCCUGGGCAACCACAGGGAAAGCAAUAAUAUGGUGGUUCCUGCUAUGCAGCUCGCCAGUAAGAUCCCUGACAUGUCUGUGCAGCUCUGGUCCUCUGCACUUCUCAAAGAUCUGAACAAGGCUUGUGGAAACACCAUGGAUGCCCACGAGGCAGCUCAGAUGCACCAGAACUUUUCCCAGCAGCUCCUGCAGGACCACAUCGCAGCAUGCAGCCUCCCUGAACACAACCUCAUCAGCUGGACAGAUGGCCUCCCCCCGGUGCAGUUUCAGCCACAGAAUGGACCUGCAACCAGCCUGGCCAGCCUGCUCUGAAAGCAAAUCCCACCCUGAAGAUCAGUUUAAAGAAAAUGGAGACAUACAGUGACAAAUGUCCAAUCACACACAUGCACUCUAGAGUUUUUAGUCAUAGUAUAGUUCUACCAGCUGUAAAAGAGAUAAAAAGCUAAGUAGCAAACUACCACCAGCAGAUGUCUUCUUUUAAAGAGGUUAAAGAAUCACACCUGUCCAUCGAAACUUUAGAGUAAAGACACUGAAUGUAAGAUUGAACAACCUUAUGACAACCACUGGCUUCAUAGACAGAUUAAUCACAAAUAAUUAUUAUUGUGCACUAUCUAAGUGUCUGUCGUGACCUAAAAGCACUGAUCAGCUGGUUUUGAUGCACAGUUUCAUGUAGAUUUCAAUAUACAGUAUCUGUAAUGACCUUAAUGUAGUGUAGUGCUAUGUUUGGUGGUCAAGUGGAAAACUGCAUGUGUGUGUUCACAGAAGAGGAACAGGUUGGAGCUUUCACUUGUAACUGGGAUGGAAGACAAUUUUAAUGAUGAUAGUUUUAUAUAAAUGCACCUACUAGUGUUGAUUAAUGUUUUCAAGGUCAGGAAUGUAAUAGGGUUAGAUCCAAUAUGCUGCCUGACUCUACUUCCCUUAUUAUUUUUCCUAUUUCACUGUAACUGGUGUGUUUAUAAGCUAUGCUCACUUUGACUCCAGUCAGACUAAUAAUUGUAACAUUUCCACUAAAUAGGAUCGACUGUUAGCUGUUUGCACAAGUGUUUCAUGUUGAAGGUUACCUUUUAAUUCUUUUUAUGCAUUGAAUGCGUUGAAAUAUGCCCUUUAUUUUUUUACUUCCUGUUUACUACAGAUUAUUUUUCUCCAGGUUAUGAUGUAUGAAUCUGUAUUUAAGUAACUUAUUUAUUUGAUUUAGGUUGUCGUUAUACCAGAUGCAUUUUUUCUUGCCAUCACUAACAGUAGAAUUUUGAACUUAGUUAUGCUGAUGUACUCGCAAUACAUUUUAUUUUUAAUUAGUAAAGACUUUUGUUAUACAUA